AUGAUUGACCAUUUGUUAAGGGAGUGUCCGUAUGGAAUAAGCGGCUCGUUUUGGUACGCUUCAGGGGCGACAAUACAGAUUCUAUUAUUCUCCAUGCUGGCAGUUCAACUGAAGACCAGGGCCCCUGGGGCUAAAACUUUUCUCCAGGUCAUCAGGGCCCGCUUCGGGAAGUCAACCCACAUAGUCUUCUGCAUCUUCGCACUGGCCACCAAUGUAAUAGUGACCGCUAUGCUGAUGUUAGGAGGCUCGGCCGUGAUAACAUCUCUGGUCAAGUACAUCAGCGUGGAGUACGCUACCACCCUAAUCGCUGCCAUUAUAGGCGGAUACACCUUGAUCGGUGGACUGGGGGCCACGUUCUACGUCUGCUACUUCAACACCGCCAUCAUCUACAUCCUGCUGGUGACGCUCAUGUUCAAAGUGUUUGAGGAUGACUCGGAUCUGGGGAACCCUUUAGGGGAUAUAGCAUCAGUCUUUCACCUGGUCACGUGCUCCAGCGGUCCAGCAGGUAAUAAAGACGCAAGUUACCUGACUAUACUGUCUGAUGAGGGUCUCAUGUUUGGUCUCAUUAACAUAGUAGGUAAUUUUGGCACCGUCUUUGUUGACCAGUCCUACUGGCAGAUUGCGGUGGCCUCCAAGCCAAGACAAGGUGUAGUGGGCUUUCUGCUGGGGGGACUGGCCUGGUUCGCUAUUCCUUUCUCGCUGUCGACCGCGAUGGGCUUGGCUUAUGUCGCUUUGUCCACGCGUCAGGGGGAGGCCAUGCUGACUGGAGAUGACAUUGGUAUCGGUCUGGUACCACCAGUAGUGGCAUAUCAUCUACUCGGAAAAACUGGUGCGCUUAUGGUGGCUGUGAUGGUCAUUAUGGCCGUUGUUUCAACAGGGUCAGCUGAGGUCAUGGCCGUGACCUCUAUAAUUGUCUACGAUAUUUAUGCCAUAUAUUUAAAGCCCUACAGACUGGUCACUGACAGCAACAGCUGCAUACUGUGCGGCAAGGGGAGGGGAAGGAUGGCCAACCCAAGAGACAAAUGUGAGUGUGUCAGCAUGGCCUACUGCGACAAGUGUCACCUUGACACCAAGGAACGUAACGACUCACGCCGAGCCAUCAAACCGGACUAUCAAUGCCAAAUCCACGGGGCAUUCCGCGUGUACAACGAUUAUCUGACCAGGGUCAAGAACUGGACCACGGUCUGGUCAACAAUGGCCAUCAUCCCUCUGACCAUAUGCCUCUAUAUGAUUAAGGCCAGCCUCGGCUGGGUUUACCUUUUCAUGGGGAUCCUGGUUGGUUCAGCCGUGAUCCCGAUAACUCUGGCCAUGUUCUGGGAGAGACUGACCAGCGGGGCCAUGAUGGCCGGUAGCAUUGGCGGAGCCGCGAUGGCCAUCUCGGUCUGGCUAGGGGUGGCCUCUACAUACGAGGGUGGUUUAGGCAGCUGGUGGACUAAUACAGGAAAGGAGUUGGCCAUGUUGUGCGGGAACCUGGUCGCUAUUCUAGGAGGCGGGGCUAUCACGGUGAUUCUCAGCUUCUUCAGUAGCUGGCACAACGACUGCUCCAUGGGCGAAGAGAUCUGGGAGACCACUCGAGACAUCGACAACCCACUGUCCCCUUGGAUGGAGAAAUAUGAAAAGGAACUCCAUUUGACCGGAUCGCACCGACUGGACAAUCGACCCUCACUCCAAGAUGUCCAGAAGGCGUUCAGGCGAGCUUACCUCAUGGCCAACUCAAUGUCCACUGUCUUGUCUGUUGUGCUGGUCAUCGUCUGGCCUGCGCUGAUGGUGACAGUGGACAUCAUGUCAGUGACGCAGUUCACUGGAUGGGUCCGUGUAACAGAGCUCUGGGUCUGGCUAGCUAUGCUGACCAUGAUUGUCCUUCCGUUGGUCAAUGAGUGUUGGGAUAUUUGGUCAGCUUUUAUUAAUAGGAACAAAAUACGAGCGCUACCAUUGCAGAGCCAACACCUACACACGUCAGACCACCUUAACCACAGCAAACGUUCGAUCCAUGGCAAAGGUCCUGCAAGCCGAGUGACCAAGAUGAAUCAUGACUAUAGUCACGCCAACCCUUUGGAAAUUGUUGACACACUUCCGGGAGAAACGGAUGACAUGUACGUCAUAGCCCCGGUCGCCAUGGAUACUGGGAAGCCGCCUGGGCGGAGUAGCCAGAGAAUAAGCUCCCCAAUCGACAGUGACUCGUUAGUACAUGAACCAGCUGUUGGUCAGUAUUUACAUAAACUAACGUACUCAGCUGGUCACCAAAGCUUCCCAACCGAGACAUUCGCAUCCCCAAGCAGGACAGUGGAAUACAUUGAGAAGGGGGGCACACGAACGGUCAGCAGUCAAAUACACCUGGUCAGUCAUGCGUCAGUCACUGUCCAUGACACUAACGCCCUGCUGGUCAACAACCAGACCAACUUAAAGCUAAAACAGAACAGUGGCAGUGACAAUGGCGAAGUUUUCUGUGACAUCAGUAAGGAGGAACAUUCGGCUAACAAGCGUCUCACAGCACAUGAAGUGACAGAUUUGGACGAACCAUUAUUCUAGCCUUAAAAGAUCUUAAAGUUGAACUACACUAAUGCAUGGACACGGCGUUCUCACUGGUCAGCUCAACAGCUUCUUCUUCUUCCUCAUUCUCAUUUCACAUGUCGGAGCAGGGGUUCUCAACUUGUGGGUCGCGACCCCCAUUGUGGGUCGAUUGACGAUUUGCCAGGGGUCGCCUAAGACCAUCAAAAAUAAGGAUUUUUAUUGUCUAUUCUUCUAUUGCUGUGUGUGUCUAUGGGGGGGGGGGGGGGUCGCGGCAGAGUGGUAUAUUGUAAAAAGGGGUCGCCGAGCUUAAAAGGUUGAGAACCGCUGUGUUAGAGGGUUCAGAUCAAUAAUCCUAUAUCUGAGAUGAAUUGCGCAGUGGUUUCCAGAUCAGGCAGUUCUCCGUAUAGUUUUUAAUCUAGAGGAGGAUUUUGGGGCCAGAAUCUUGUUCGGGCCUCUUAAUAUAGUAUGCAGCUCUAAAGGACAUGGUCAGCAUUCUCUGGUCAAGCUCCACGAGGGCAAGUUUGCUAGUCAGCUCCACAACUAAUACAUGGACACCAGUUCUCAUCGGACAUUGUGCUUUUUAGAAGAGAAGUAUCUUGAACUUUCCUUUACAAACUUGGUUCAAAGAGGUCUAUUCAAGGAUGUAUUGAACAAAUAGCAUUCUUAACAGAUGUACUGAACAAAGUGAUCUCAAGAAAUAAUUGAACAAAGAGCUUUCUACAACGACAGACAUAUAAACAUUCUGAACGACCGAUACAAGCUGUGCAAUCACCAAAAUUUGACAUGUGUAUCAAAUUUGAUAUGUGUAUCAGUUUUAGCAUGAGUAUUUGAUUUGGCAUGUGUAUCAGGUUUGACACGUGUAUCAGUUUUGAAACGUGUCACAGAUUUGACACGUGUAUCAGAUUUGACACGUUUAUUAGAUUUGACACGUUAUCAGA